AUGUUGAGUACAUUGAAUAGAAACGAUGCGCUGAGAUUUCAGGAAGAGAAACCUCUGAAACUGUCCCCUUUCCUUAUGGCCAUUACAAAAAUCGCCGAGGAAGAGGGAGAUUUUAUCAGUGAAAAAGUGUUGAAGGAACUCGAGCAAAUGGUGACACCAGACGCGUCUCUCCGUAGCGCUAUGCAAUACGCCUCUCUCACGGGACCGGGUUUCGAAAUAACAGAUGAAAGAGCGGAGACCAUCAAAACGGUGAUUACGGUAAUCAAAGGGUUGGCAGAAGCGGGAGGUUUUAUAUCCGAGAAGUUUGGAAAGUACCUUGGACCAAUUGGAACUGCAGCUGGUGUUGUGAAGGACAUCGUCGAGUUUUUCCAAGAUGAAAAACCGGAUCCGGUAAUGAAAGAAUUGGGAGAGUUGAAGAAUCAAUUGACGGCGCUCUCCGAUAAAAUGAGUGUCCACUUUAACGCAUUGGAAUCGUUUAUGGUUAAACAAGAGUUUUACAAGAAUUACACUGUUGCAAUGACUAGUAUGAUGAGUUUCAUGAUGGACACUACCGAUGGGUCCAAAGAGUCUGUGGACCUCUUCAAGAAGAUCUAUGAUGAAAGACGACCACAGACGCUGGUUUAUGAUAUGCUGGCUGAGUUGGAACUCGAUGAUCGAAACCCGCUGAAAUUGGCGAUGAAAGGAGAUAAUUUGCAAAGCAAGAACACUUUUAAAAAAUGGAAGGACAUUUUGGAGGGAGCUCUUUCUCAGGCUUUGUUCCUGGAAGUCUACGCGUCUGGUCUGUUUCCGGAAGUCGGCAACUACGGAACAACCAAGAUUCUUGAGAAGAUUGCUCGCUAUCAACAGCUUGUGGAAGAGUGGGAUUACCAUUUUUGGGGAGUUGAAAAGCUUGUGAAUGAUGUUCACGACGACCGGAAUCUGAAGACAAAAGACGAGAAGAUGGAAGUUCUUUGGAAAGGGAUCGAAUCCAUCCACACUCAAUUCAAAUUCUACGCUGUCGUUGUGCCGUCCGAGCAUAUAAUUAGAUGGUACAAACAUUUCGAAGCUCAAGCAAUUGUAUCUGAUCGCAAUGGAUUUACUAUCAUGGUCUACCGUCACACGGGAAAAAUGGUUCGAACGAUGUCAUGGCUCUACAAUUACAUUGGUGAGCAUCUUCACGAGGAAAGAUCGGACUUUAUGCAAUUCAACAACUGGCAGAGUGUUCGCAACCACUUUAGUGAUGACAACGUGGCAAAAAUAGGAAAAUACACAGGAACAUUUGUCUUCAUCAUUGCUCAGAGCAAAUCUUUAAUCGCUUUGAAGUAUUCUCGUUUUUUGGGCAACAAAGGCCCGGGAGUACACACAUUCGAUGCAACUCUAACAACUACUGGCGGCUUCACUAUUGAAACUUUCCCAGUGUUCAAAUUUCUUGGAUAUUAG